ACCCCGUCGCGCUCCCAGCACUCCUCGCCGCCCCCCGCCCCCCGCAGGGCCCGCAAAGACGCACAGCACGACCGCGACCGCGACCGCGAGUCCGCGUGGGGCAGGUCGAAGCUCCUCUCCCGCCUCCUCACGCGCGACGAGCGCGACGUCGCCCACGUCCGCACCAUGCUCGCCCUCACCUCCGAGCGGCUCGCGCACGAGACGCGCCGCGCGGACGACGUGGGGGCCUGCAUCGCGGACGCACGGCACAGGAUCCGCACGGCGCGCGACGCGGUGCCGCUUGCACAGGCGGACACUGCGCACGCGCACGAGGGCGUCCGGCUCCACAAGCUGCGUCUGGGCGCAGCGUAG